GUGGUGUUCGACAUCUUCUACGUGGGAACGGACCAGCUGGCGGCUCAGUACAUGCUCGAAGGAGGCUACUUCAGCAUCCGUGAGAAGCCGCUGGUAGCGAAAGCAGAUCUCGAACAGGCGGUCGCGGUUCUGAACGUGAUCGAUUGCAAAAGCCUGGCCCAAGCGACGCUGCAGGCUGUGAAAGAGUUGGAUGACUACAAGGUGUCCUUCCUGAUAGCUGUGCUGGGGGUCGCGCUCGCCCUAGCGCGGGGAUCGCCGCUGUUCUCCAGGCAGAGUGCCGGCUACGUCGAGGGUGCCAACGCGCUUGCAGCAGGUUUGCUUCCGGCCUACACGCUGCAGCUGGAGCACAAGUUGGGGCGUGAGAUCAAGAUGAUUGAUCCCAUCGCGCCUUGGCUCGUCAAUUCGGUGGGCUGGGUGAUCGCCAGGUUCGAGUCGCGAAGCCGCGGGGGCUCACCCCGCAAGAUGCUGUGCGGCAAGAAACACAGUGGGGAGAUCGCGGAGAUGGGCGAGCAG